AUGAGGAAGGUGGUGCCCUGGCUGACCAACGUGUCCCUGUACGGCUGUCUGUUCGCCGGAGGGGAUCUGCUCCAUCAGCGCGUGACGCACAGACACGGCGGCGGCGAGCUCGACUGGAAGCGCACGAGGAACGUGGCGCUUGUGGCGCUGUGUUUCCAUGGCAACUGGAACUACUUCUGGCUGCGCGAGCUGGAGCGCCGGUUCCCGGGCCGGUCCCUCGGCAUGGUGCUCACCAAGUUAGCCCUGGAUCAGAGCCUCUCCUCGCCCUUAGCCACCAGCGUCUUCUACACAGGAGUGAGUGUGUUGGAGGGCAAAGAGGAUGUAUUUGAGGACUGGAGGGAAAAAUUCUUCAACACAUAUAAGACAGGACUCAUGUACUGGCCCUUCAUGCAGUUCCUGAACUUCGUGUUGAUGCCGCUGUACUUGCGCACCGUCUUCAUGGGCUGCUCGGCGUUCCUGUGGGCCGCGUUCUUGUGUUUUUCACAGCAGAGUGGUGACGGCACCGCGGCCACGGCUCUCCACUGGAUAACCACCUCCGAGAAACGGAUCAUGCGCCGCAGCACUAACGAGGAGAAGUGAUGAACGUGAAGGCACACAGGAACAGCGACCCUGGUGCCUUCACUCACGCUACAGACGUGGACUGACACGUUGGACAAACCCUUAUUUAUUUAUAUAUUUAUAUAUGUGCGUAAAGGAAUUGUCAUGUGACUUGAAAUAUUUUUCCACUGAAUGGGGAUACCUCAUAUGUCCAGGCGUGUGCUGAUAAUCGGUUCAAUGACACACAUUCGCAAUAUUGUGAGAUCAGCACUACAUCUUCGUGCCUUUCACAAGGCUAACACUUUAAGUACAGCUCUAACUGGUAUUCAUAAUGUUGUUUUUAGAUCUCUAGCUAUUCUUCUGAUGUUGUUUAGCUCGCUAAGAUAACACCAACUCACAUGCAGCACAAUCAGCUCUUUGCUAAACAAACUGUCUGUGUUUCUAAGAUUGUAUUAUAAUUAUUUUAUUUUAUUUUAUUUUAUACCACAGCACUGUUAAAUUCUCAAACCUGAUUGGUUGGAAGGUGUUGAUGAGUUUUCUGUAAUAGCAUCUCUGACAGUAGUGCAGCUCCAAAUCACAGGUUUACGUAUAUUAAUGCAUCCGCUUUGAUAUUUCAUCGUUUCUUUAGUAACAUCAUACCCAGUGAUUUGUACAUCAGAUGCUCGACAUAUUUUAAAUCGACAGUAUUUGAAGAGUUUGGUUCCAAAACGUGAUAUAUCCAAUUCCAUUGUUUCGAGUAAAAUCACUUUUUCUGAUUACAAGAAGGGCAGCACGGUGGUGUAGUGGUUAGCGCUGUCGCCUCACAGCA